AUGGGUGGUUCUCAGUCCACUGUGUCGCCGGAGACGGCCAUGCAUGAGAAGGCGGUUCUCGAGAGACUUCGCUCUUUCCAGAUGAGCGACGAGUCUCCGGAGGACGACUUUGUCCACGUCCAAGACGAGAAGAGGCCCGAUGUGCGUCUGUCUCGCGAGGCUGAGGGUUUGCCUGUGCAGCUCAUGAGCUCGUGGCAGAGCAGGCUGCUCGAAGACCCCAAGAACAGGCUGGCCCUCUCGGCUCUCAGCUCGGCCAACCCCCAGGAAGUCCUGUCCCAGCGGGCGACGCAGAUCGCCGACCAGCAGGUCUUCAACAUCCAGAUCCCGUUCGAGGGCGCGCCCAUCACGAACCAGCGCUCGUCGGGCCGCUGCUGGCUCUUCGCGUCGACCAACGUCUUCCGCGUUGCCCUGAUGCGCAAGUACAACCUGUCGUCGUUCGAGCUGUCGCAGGCCUACCUCUUCUUCUGGGACAAGCUCGAGAAGUCGAACUACUUCCUGGAGACCAUCAUCGAGACCGCCGACGAGGAUCUGGACAGCAGGCUGGUCCAGCGCGUGCUUGCUGACCCGGUGAGCGACGGCGGGCAGUGGGACAUGGUCUAUAACCUGGUGGAGAAAUACGGUCUUGUUCCGCAGGCUCUAUACCCAGAUAGCUGGAAUGCCAUGAACAGCAGCAAAAUCAACUACAUCGUAGUGGCCAAGCUGCGCGAGUACGCCAUCGUGCUGCGCAAGCUGCUCAAGUCGGCGUCCACCACGGCGGCCACCCUCUCGGGAGCGAAGCAGAAGAUGAUGCGCGAGAUCCACCUCAUCCUAACGUUGACCCUCGGGCCGCCACCCAGCUCGACGGAGAGGUUCAACUGGAACUUCCUCGACAAGAACGGCAAGGCCCGCAGCGUGUCCCUGACGCCGCUCGAGUUCGCCCGCGACAUCUCCUCCCCGGAGUUCCGCAUCACGAACUCGGCCAUCGCGGGCAUGGUGUCGCUGGUGCACGACCCGCGGCACGCGCCGCUGAGCCUGAUGACGGUGGACCGGCUGGGCAACAUCGUUGGCGGGCGCGGGGUCACGUACAUCAACGUGGCGAUGCCGGUGCUCAAGCAGGCGUGCGUGUCGAUGCUCAAGGCCGGGGUGCCCGUCUUCUUCGGGUCCGACGUGGGCAAGUUCAGCAACUCGGCGGCCGGCAUCAUGGACCUGGCGCUGAUCGACUACGAGCUGGGCUUCAACGUCGACAUGCUGGGCCUGGGCAAGGCCGAGCGCCUCCAGGUCGGCGAGAGCGCCAUGACCCACGCCAUGGUGCUCACCGCCGUCCACGUCGACCCCCACGGCGCCCCCCUGCGCUGGCGCGUCCAGAACAGCUGGGGCGAGGCCGCCGGCGACAAGGGCUGGUUCGUCAUGAGCGACCGCUGGAUGGACGAGUUCGUCUACCAGGCCGUCGUCGACCCGCGCUUCCUGCUCAAGGAGGUCCGCGACGUGCUCAAGAAGGAGCCCAUCGUCCUGCCCCUUUGGGACCCGAUGGGCUCGUUGGCUUGA